AUGCGCACUGUUCACGAGUCAGAUUAUCCAAUCUGUCCUAUCGGUGCUCCGGGGCGUGACUUCAGCCACCACCGGAGGCCACCACCGAAGCCGGUUGCCAAGCCCCGUCCUACCCUUCCCUCAUCAGGAUCAGCUCGCCCCCAAGGCAUGGUCUUUUCCAUCGAUGAUCUUCCCCAAGAUCUGAAGAAUAUCGGAGGAACUGGACUACCUUCAGUUGCCAAUCGCCUCUCUGCUCCCCUCUCCCCCCAAGCUCGAGCUUCACGGGCAAAGGGCGUGAUUUUCAACGUCGAUGAACUUCCUCAAGACCUUAAGGAACUCGCAGCGGCUCAUGCUACCAAGGCUAAGCCCACUUGA